GAAAAACAUGAAUAAAAUAAAUAACAGGCAAACAACUUCGACUUUGACAAGUAGAGCAGCAGAAGGAAACGAUUGGCUUCAGUCAUUAGCAUACAGGACCAAACCAGCCUUUCAUGGCUUCUCUGUUUCCAUGACUGAUCAGUCUAUGAAAAUAUCCCCAUAUUAUUAUUCUCUAAAGAUCUAUCAUAAUACCUUCUUCUUUUUUUUUACAAAACCAGAUAAAACCCAUUAUUCUUUUCCAAGAAAAGCCAUCAACUUUCUUCCAAAUUCUCUCUCUUUCUUUCGCUUUUCCUUGAAAUCCAUAAUGGGAAAGUCUGGAUUUUUUGAUUUAGAGAAGCAUUUUGCAUUCUAUGGGGCGUAUCAUAGUAACCCAGUAAACGUAUUGAUUCAUAUGAUAUUUGUUUGGCCAAUCUUUUUCACUGCUCUUCUUAUCCUUUACUUCACACCUUCUGUAUUUAAUCUAAAGAUGUCUCUUUUAUGCCAUGGUGAUAUUGUUCUUCUUUUCAAUUUUGGCUUCUUGUUUGCUUUGAUUUAUGCCUUGUUUUAUAUCUUUCUUGAUGCUAAAGCUGGUUCCUUGGCGGCUCUGCUGUGUGCUUUUUGUUGGGUGGCUAGUUGUUCUUUAGCUAGGUGGCUUGGGUUUUCCCUUGCUUGGAAGGUCGUUUUGGUGGCUCAAAUUGUUUGUUGGACUGGACAAUUCAUUGGUCAUGGGGUCUUUGAGAAAAGAGCACCUGCUCUUCUGGACAAUCUUGCUCAAGCAUUUAUAAUGGCUCCCUUCUUUGUGCUGCUGGAGGCUCUUCAAAUCUUCUUUGUUUACGAGCCAUAUCCAGGGUUUCAUGCAAAUGUUCAAGUGAAGAUUGAAGCUGAAAUCAAUCAGUGGCAAGAGAAGAAGGAGAAGUUGCUUGCUUAAAAUGAUCAUCCAAAUCAAUCUGAAGCAAUGUAACGUUCUCUUCCUUUGCCCUCUCUUCCUCGAGAGUUUUCAGCUCCAUGAAUAGAUUCUCAGCUACAUGGUUAUUUGUCAUUAUCAUGUAUAUCGCCCAUGACAGAGUUGUUGCUGUUGUGUCUCGGCCAGCAAUCACAAAAUUGAGGACAAUAUCUCUCAAACUUUUGUCUGUCAAAUUGUUAUCUGGGUCUUCACCUAACUCAAUAAACCUUGAUAAUAUAUCAUGCUUUACCUGAAAUAUCCAUAUUAGUUGGUUAGUAAAGAAAAGUAUCCGUUAUCAUUCUUCUGCAGAGAAGAAUUGGUCGUUGUAAUGGUACCUUGUUAUUAUUUCUGGUCUUUCGAGCUUCUUCUACUUCUGCCUUC